AUGAUUGUGAGAGCAGAAAUACCACAUGAUCAACAAGAACCAGAAUUGUACAAAAGAGUUCUAAAACACAUGAUUCAUAAUCCAUGUGGUAUUCAUAAUAGAGAUUCUUCAUGCAUGAAACAAGGGAGUUGUAAGAAAGGAUUUCCCAAGUCCUUUAAUGAUGCAACAAUGCAAGGAAAUGACUCAUAUCCUCUAUACCGUCGCCGACAAGAUCGUCCACCUAUUCCAUUGCGCCAACAUUCCCGGAUCAAUGUAGACAACCGGUGGGUAGUUCCCUAUAAUCCAUUUUUGCUCCAAAAAUAUGAUUGUCACAUCAAUGUAGAGAUAUGCAGUAGCAUUAAGUGUGUCAAAUAUCUCUACAAAUAUAUACAUAAGGGUUCAGAUAGAGUAUCCAUGGAAGUUAAGAAUGGUGAUGAGAUUGCACAGUAUGUGGAUGCAAGAUGGAUUUGUGCACCCGAAGCUUUUUGGAAAAUUUACAAAUUCCCUUUGACUCGAAUGUGUCCAGCUAUAGACCGUUUGCAAGUCCAUUUGCCAAACAUGCAUCAAGUGAGAUUCGAAGGGAACAACCUAAUCUCAGACAUAUUAGAAGACCCGAGAAACUCGAAAACAAUGCUAACUCAGUUAUUCAAGAUGAAUGAAACUGAUCCAGGUGCAAGAAGAUAUCUUUACAGAGAAUUUCCAGAGCAUUACAGGUGGCUUAAGUCUUCGUCUGAGUGGCAGCGAAGGAGAAGUAAUCAGCGGGUUAUGGGCCGAUUGUAUGUAGCUUCUCCACUUGAAGAAGAGAGAUUUUACCUGAGAUUAAUGCUCAACCAUGUGCGAGGUCCUCAAUCAUUUGAAGACUUAAGAACAAUUAAUGGUAUCACAAAACCAACAUUCCGAGCUGCUGCGGAAUCCCUCGGUCUAAUUGAGAGUGAUGAAAGCAUCCGUCAGUGUCUUCUGGAAGCAUCUAUCUGUCAACCAACUGGAUUACGCGCCCUAUGGGACGAGUUCUUCACCUUCAUGGUUGAGGAUUAUCCAUCUUCAAGCACGACAACUAACAAUGAUGUUCUCACUCACAAGUUCUUACAAGACUUGGACCGUUUAUUACGGCCAUUGCGAAAAACAAUUUCUGACUUCACAGAGUUGCCAAGUUUACCAAAAAGAACUGAGGACAUCGACGAUCUUCCUGCAAUCAUGGAGGAGUAUUUUUCUGUGCCUGUUCCAAAAGAGGAUAUGAUGUGUGUAAACAAUCUUAAUAGCGACCAACGACAUACGUUCGACACAAUUAUGGAUGUUGUCACUUCAAAAACUGGAGGAGCUUUUUUUGUUGAUGGCCCAGGAGGUACAGGCAAAACAUUCUUAUACAUAGCACUCCUAGCUACCGUAAAAGGAAGAGGUGAAAUUGUUGUUCCCACGGCAACAUCUGGUAUUGCAGCAACGUUGUUGCAUCAGGGAAGAACAUCACACUCGACUUUUUAG